ACCGGGCGGGAUUUCCGCAAUAUCAAGUAUGGCGAAAACGUACGACUAUUUGUUUAAAUUACUGUUAAUCGGUGACUCUGGUGUCGGGAAGACAUGUGUUCUCUUCAGGUUUUCAGAGGACGCAUUCAACUCAACAUUUAUCUCAACAAUAGGCAUUGAUUUCAAGAUUAGGACAAUAGAGCUGGACGGCAAGAAGAUAAAGUUACAGAUAUGGGAUACAGCUGGUCAGGAGCGCUUCCGAACAAUUACAACAGCCUACUACAGAGGAGCAAUGGGCAUUAUGCUUGUCUACGACAUCACCAAUGAGAAAUCCUUUGAUAAUAUCAAAAACUGGAUAAGGAACAUAGAGGAACAUGCAUCAUCUGAUGUUGAGAAAAUGGUUCUUGGCAACAAAUGUGACAUUAAUGACAAGAGACAGGUAUCCAAAGAGAAGGGAGAAAAGCUUGCACUAGAGUAUGGAAUUAAGUUCAUGGAAACCAGUGCAAAGUCAAACAUCAAUGUAGAAAAUGCAUUUUUGACACUUGCUAGGGACAUCAAAUCAAAAAUGGACACGAAAUUGGAGGGCAACACGCCGCAGGGCAGCAGUCAUGGAGUGAAGAUCUCGGAGCCUCAGAAAAAGACCAGCUUCUUCCGCUGUACCCUGCUCUGAGGACUGAAGCCUUCCAGGCCGACUGGACAGAAAUGGACUGUGCUUGUUCUCCUUGCCCUCACCACCACCACCUUGGUCAGUCCUCUUGGUCCACAUAAAUCACUAUUCUGAGUAAGAAGAGGACUUCACCUCCUCUUUUAAUCUUCUGAAAGCUUCCAGGGGUGCAUCUCUUCCAUUUUAAGAUCCGCAGUCUGCUUGGGUCUGAUUAGACUGGCUGGUGGAGGACCCAGCCUGGAGCAUGAUCCAGAUGUUCCAUAUCACACAAAAGAUGAGUCCUUAACUUUGUUCUACAUACUCAUAUUUCAUUCAGCCAGUAGCGCAACCAGUAGUGCAAAGAAGAUGAAAAAAGAAAGAAAGGAAAUAUAAGAUUUUUUAAAAUUGAUCUACAAAUAUAUUAAGGUCUAUUUUUAAUAGUGCUCUUUCCCUUUUUAUGUGAAAAAUGCCAACCAGAGGUGGAUUGGCUUGAGUGAAACAGAGUUGCACUUGCUUUCAUUUUCAUCGUAUCAGUAAAUAUGUCGUCCAGAUUACAUUUUAAUGGAAGGUUUCUUUUUUUCUAUUUUUGCCCGAACUCUUUAGUUUGCAUUUAGUUCAAUCACAUAAUUUUACUAAAGUAUGUGUCUCAGCAUGCUCUGAUCACUGCCCUGAACUCGUUUUGUUCUAGCCAGCAGAAAAGCAGUUUUGAAGCAAACGGCUUUAGACUCUAGUCGCCAUUUUUGUUCGUGCUGCUUUCUAACGAUCUGUGAACCAUUUUAGAGGUUAUGUUUCUAUUCAUGGCCUCUGACUUUUACAUUCUGAAGUUCACCGUCUUGAUAUACAGAAAACUAAUAAGUAAAUUUAAAAUGUUCUUUGCCCCUGCAAUGAGCACUUAAAGUUAAACAUGCCCAGUUAGAAUCUCCUCAUGUUCAAGAGAAACCCUCAAGUCUUAAAUCAUUAAAGGAAAUAACAGUAGUAUCUCCUAUUCCACAUGAGGCUGUUUAUGUUUAAUUAUCCUAAAAGUUGGAAAUUAGUUUCCUUUGUUGACCCAUAAAUAAUUAAAGUUUAGAACUUUAAUUAUUUUCUUUUAAAGUUUUUCCUUAAGCUCUGUUUCAGAGUCAAGCUAAAUGAUACCUCUGGUUAUUUGCUCAGCAAUUGAAAUCACUUGAAAGUUGCCACUGUAAGACCCUUCCAUGCAGCUCUCCUCGCACUUUACCAGUAAAUCGUGUGUUGUGUGUGUGUAGUCUGUGCCAGGUGAUAGGUUUUCAAUACAAUUUUGAUCUUUUAAAUACUGGUAAUAUAAAAGGCAUAUAAUACCAAAAUUUUUACUCCACAUACUUAAAAAUUUCUUGCUGUUUGACUGCUAGCUGUCCACUGUCCUGAUAUCUGUUCACUUUAAAGCGUUUGCUUACUUCCACUGUAAUUUAUGUAAACUGAUAUAUACAGUAUUUAGAUAUAAAAUAUGAGUUUCAAACUUCUGUGUCCAAGCUACUGCCUGAGAUUUUGUUGUUUUUUUGUAAAAGUAGUAUUUUUUGGGGUUAAACAUGAAAGCAGGUUUGAUUUUAAGCUCUUUUGAAGUAUGAUGUUGCUGUUUAACUGUAGCUUUUUAUUAUGGCGGUUAGGUGGCGCCACAAGCACAAAACGCAUCUUGGGCAACCACCCAAACUCCAAUAUAAGUCAGUAUUUCAUCAAAACUAAAGCUGUAGUUAAUGUGUGAUACCAAUAUUUAUCUGAUUCAGCUUCCAUGUUACCUCAUGUUUGCUUCCCCAUUUUAGUUGCUUGUCUGAAAAUCAGAUUCAUGUAAUCUCAUACAUUGAGGGAGAAUAUGUCUUCGUUUGCCUGCACAUUUUUAAAUAGCAAAUCAUUUGGGAUCCCAUGUUUACCGUGACCAUUUGUCUUAACCACUGUUACUCAGUUGUGUCAUAGGUGAGCUAUGCAUUGUGAAUCUUGGACCUGUGCAUAUUUGCGUGAUGUACUUUUCAGACAUAGACAUGUACAGUUGAAUGUAUGGGCUUUUUUUCUUUUUUUUUUUUUUUUGGUCUUUCGUUUUGUGUCAUUCACUGAGCCAAAAGAGGAAAAGAGAAAGGCUGACAUUAAUAAACUGCAUGUCAUCUUCAACCUCUUGGAGGCUUGUUGUUUGAAAUGUGUAGACAGUGCUGUUCUCUUGUUUGAGUGAUACUGUAGCUUUAAGUCAUAAACAAAUAUGUAGGGAGCAAAUGUGUGGGACUCAAAACCUUCUUUUUGGGGGGGGUUGAAUGAUGCAUCCUGAUUUUUUUUUUUUUUUUUCUUUUUUCUAAAUAAUAUUUUUCUUAAGAAUCAUAUCACAUAUCAUAAAGUCAGCAUUCCUUUGAAUAGCCAUAUUUCCAUUUUAUCUGUUGUGACAUUUAUAAGGAGAAUAUUACAUUUUGGGGGAAAAAAAUGGGGAAAAAACAUUGUAAAUAUCACAUGGGGGGAGGGAAAGAUCUACUUAAAUUGUACUGUACUUUCUAAACCCAUCUAAAAUGUAUCUACAAUUUGUAGAUAUGUGUACUUUUGGUUUAAUAAAAUGAUAAAAGUCAA